UCCCGAACUCCCAAGUAAAAGGCGUUUCAUCUUCCUCAACCUCUGCAUUUGCAAGUUGUGAAACAAUGGCGGACCAGGUGAUUCUGCUAGACAAAGAUAUCAGUACGUUCGGAACGAGGGCUAGGAUAGCGUUGGCCGAGAAGGGGAUCAAGUACGAGUACAAGGAGCAGGAUUUGGUCAACAAAAGUCCUCUUCUUCUUCAGAUGAACCCGGUUCACAAGAAGAUCCCUGUUCUUGUCCACAAUGACAAGCCAAUCUGCGAGUCUCUCGUCAUUGUUCAGUACAUCGAUGAGGUCUGGAACGACAAGUCUCCUCUGCUUCCCUCCGAUCCUUACGAGAGAGCUCAAGCUAGGUUUUGGGCCGAUUAUAUCGACAAGAAGAUUUAUGAUGCUUGGAGCAAGAUAUGGAUCCCAAAAGGAGAAGAGCUGGAGGCAGCCAAGGAGGAGUUCAUAGGAAUCCUGAAGGUCUUGGAGGAUGAGCUUGGUGAUAAGCCCUACUUUGGAGGCGACAAAUUUGGGUUUGUUGAUAUUGUUUUGGUUUCCUUCCAUAGCUGGUUUUACACCUAUGAGACCCAUGGCAAUUUCAGUAUAGAGAGUAGGUUGCCCAAGAUUGGUUCAUGGGCCAAGAGGUGCAUGGAGAAGGAGACUGUGUCGAAGUCCCUUUGCGAUGAGAAGGUUGUCUACGACUUUUUUGCUGUUACGUUGAGGAAGAAGUUAGGAAUUGAGUAGGGUGUUCGAUGUACUCUUGCUUUGGUAGUUUGGUUGUAUUAUCCGUGCUCUUGGUGUUUGCCUUCGUUUGUGUUUCUUUCUUAUGUAAGAAUAAAUGACACUUGGGUGUGUGUCUCUAUGUAGAAGAUGUUUCUCGGAGACUCUAUGUUUCCCUUAUUAAGAAAAAUGUCAUGAUGUUGGGUUUAUUGCCUUAU